AUGGAUUCUGUAAUGAAUAUGAAUGGGCUUGACUAUCAAAUUGAAUCGACUACUAAUACUCCGACAACAAGUCAUAUAGAUCAAUUAUCAAAUGAAAAUAUUUCUUCAUGUGAUGAUCAAGAAAAUCAAUCGACAAUAAAAUUAGAUAAUGAUAAAGAAUUAAUAUUAAAACUCGAUAAUUUAUUACUUGAAGAUAAAAAUGAUCCAGACAUAUAUUUUCAUUCGUAUCAAUCAGAAAAAGAAAUGUCAUCGAUUAUGUCUUUAAUAAGUGGUACACUUUCUGAACCAUAUUCUAUUUAUACAUAUCGUUAUUUUAUACAUAAUUGGCCUGAUCUAUGUUUUUUAUGUUCAAAUCGAGAUACUAAUGAAUUAAUUGGUGCAAUUGUAUCAAAAUUAGAUUUACAUAAGAAAGUCUUACGUCGUGGUUAUAUAGCCAUGUUAGCAAUUAAUAAAGAAUAUCGACGAAAAAAAAUCGCUUCAAAACUUGUUCUUAUGAGUAUUAGAGAAAUGAUAAAACGUGGUUGUGAUGAAAUUGUACUCGAAGCUGAAGUAACAAACGAUGCAGCAUUAAAUCUUUAUGAAAACUUAGGAUUCUUACGUGAAAAACGUUUAUAUCGUUAUUAUUUAAAUGGUGUCGAUGCUUAUAGACUGAAAUUAUGGUUAAAAUGA